GAUGUGUCAGGGGAGGGCAAGGCGCAGUUUUGGAGCAGCUGCUUCUCUGGGGCGGGGGCCGGGGGGAAAGCGCGUGGAGGGAAGGGGAUGUGCCCACGGAACCAGCCCGCGGGUGGCGGCGUGGCUGUUUCGGGAAGCCGUGGGCCCGAAAUCUGCUAGAUUUUGGCCGUUUGCACACAGUUUGGAAAGUGAAAUGCAGAGACACUGAGGAGGGAGGGGGGAAAGUAGGGAAGGAAGGAUAUAGCCGGAGUAAUCCCGAAUAUGCACAUGGAAAUAACGCACCUCCAGAGUGGUUUGCAUCACCACUGCCAGUGCUGGAGAGGAAGACGCGACAAGCAGCCGGAGGCCGGACAUACUUUUGAGUUUGGGUUUUCCCCAUUCUCUUGCUGACCAGAAACCACAAGUAAGCUCAGAAGGGUGCAUAGCCCAAGGCUGAGAGCUCAGGGACCUUAAAUUCCGUCCACGUCGUCCAUUUUACCGGUCUGCCUCUGAUCCCUGCCAUGGCCAGCUUUGAAGAUGCUGACACUGAGGAGACCCUCACUUGCUUCCAUGUUACAGUCUAUCAUCCACGCCAGGAUCACAAUCAGGUGUUUGAGAGGCUGAGAUUUUGCAAACGAGAAAAGCUCUCAUCCACAGAAGUGGUAACGUUUGGUCGGAAUCCCAAAGUGUGUCAUUAUAUCUUUCAAGACAAUCAAGUUUCCAGAAUUCUGUUCUCUCUGCAGCCAUUUAGAGACAUCAAUAGUUCAAUCCUCUCAUUUGAAAUUAAAAAUCUGAGUAAGAAAACCAGCUUGCUUGUGGGCAACGUAGAACUUGGCUAUCUCAACAAAACGGAAUUUCCAGGCAGAUGCAUCAUGCGGUUUGGAGACUACCAAGUCCUGAUGGAGAAAGAAGAUGGGGAGUCCUUGGAAUAUUUUGAGACACGCUUUAUGCUGUCCCCACGGUCACUCUUAGAGGAAAGACACUUGGGAAGUCCUGUACCUGAGAAUGGAGGUUCAUCUUCAUCUUUAUUGCCUACAGAAAUGGAUGAAAAUGAAUAUUGAACAGAUGGAGAAGAUGAGAGGAACAUCUAAAAGGAGAUGGAAAGGAAGGCGACUUAAUGGAUGUGGUUUGUGCAGAAUGAACUGAACUUUAGCUGCAUUUUCUUCUUUUCCUCUCAUCCAAUUGGCAUGGAUACUUUGGGGUUGUUUUUUGAAUUCUGUAGCUUUUUUGGGCAUAGAAGCUGCUUUGUGGAUCAAGAAUGAAAGACUUGGUUGGCAAAAAUAUUCCAUCAGUAUCUUCCCCAUAGAAGAAAACCCACAGGAAGAGGUUCAGUGCUCUGGGUGGAUCUUUAUAAAGGAUUUACAGAAAAGCAUGGAUGUGAAUUACACAGGACGUGUGUGUGUGUGUGUGUGUGUGUGUGUGUGUGUGUGUGUGUGUGUUUAACUUCACUUGGGAGCAAGAAGAUCUAGCAUAGAUGAGAUUAUAAGGGCAUCUAAGGGCUUAUCUACUUUCAUGGAGCGUGAUCUUCUUGGAUCCAUAAAAAAUUAAUUUGAUUACUUUAGUGCCUUUUGAAGAAGGUAAAAUAUGAAACAUAUUUUAUACUGAACAUAUUUUUCAAAUUACAUUUUAUUUUCAGAUCCACAUUCUUUUAGGUGUCCCACUGAAAAAAAACCCUUGUUAUAAAUAUUGUGUGUAUAUUUUUUUAAAAAAACAUUUUUAUGUAUAAGGUAUGUAUUUGCUUAUAUGUGAAUGGCCAGAUUUAUGAUUUUACUGGGACAGGAAAUUUCCAAUGAAGAAACUCCCUUUACCAAUUUAGAUUCAUCUGCUUGGAGAUCAUAAACUCUUAUUGUUUCAUUUUUGGUCCUUGUAUUAAAUUUUGUAUUUUCA